UAAUACACAUAUCACAUUCCAAAACAUUACAAAUCACGAUUUCUCGUUUUAAUUAAGAAAAUAUUAUCGUUAUUUAGUUCUUAAAAUUAGGAAACGUAUAUAUCACGAAAUUCACUACUAUUUCGUUUAGUUAAGUUUUUCACAUUCGUUGCAUCGUAGAAUGAGGUGACAUUUGUUAUCACGGUUUCUGUGGUCAAUUCGUCAUCGUCUUCGUCGUCAUCGUCAUCUGAUCUGGGAUGGAGUCCUAUGUGAUAAGCGGUCUCGAAAUAGUGAUCGGUUACUUGAUCCUUUGCUACUUCUUGUUUAGCCGCUUAUUGCCCUCCGCCCUGGCCUGGAUGGUUCAGUACAAGUAUAGCUGUACGGUGACAAUUGGACGAAUCGGUCUUCCCUAUUUCGCCCUGCAUAACGUCAGACUGCGCAAAAAUGACUUUUCUGUGAUUAUUGGCCGUGUCGGAUUUACGAGCAGUCUGGUCAACAGUGAUGCCCCCAAGUUACUCUCUGUUAUUAUCACGACUCUCAAAAUUACACGGUUACCGAACAGUGGGGGUGGAAAUACUGCAAAUCGGUCUAGUUCUAGUGCCAGACAAAAACUGAAAGCUCCUUCCAUCGUGUCAAAUUUGGUUCAGUUUUUGGGAAUCCACAUUAACGAAUUACACGUCUGGGGAUGGGAAGCCGUCGACCUCAAGAAGGGCAUCCACGCCAAUAUUCGCGCACAAAAUGUGUCCAUCGAUGGCUGCACGACCGUCGGAGGAGCGAACAUUUGUGCUUGCGUGGUCCUAAACUUGGGCACGGUGGAGGCUCGAAUAAGCGAAAAUUGGUUGCCAACCACAGAAGAUUUAAACGACCCGUCAGAGAGUACAUAUUUCAACGGAAAAUCUGGUGUCACCCUGUUGGAAUCCUGUUUCGAUUUCAGGCUUAGUUUACUAUUUGGACCGAGAAAUUCGGACGAGUUUAUCGACAAUUUCACCAUCGAUGUGGAAAAGCUUUCCAUCGCGUGGGAGCUAAAGGAAAAGUCGAUCAGUUUAUUCAAGUCAUUUAAACAAACACACACCACUCAACCUGUGGCUCGAAACGAUAAGAAUUUUAUUGAAUGGAUCGAAGAAAUGGUUUUUACGCAAUGUGUGCCAAAAGAAAUCAAGUUUCGUAUUUAUGAAACCGAGUGCCGAAUUUCUGAUGUCAACACGGACACCAACUUCGAAUCUCGCGUGUCCGGUUUAUCUUUCACGUCGAGAUGCGUCGUGUGUGCGAUUGACGGCGUGGACAGUGUCGUUUUCGAGUCACAGUUUGAUCUCGGGCUCAUCCGAAUUGAACCAGAUCCUUAUCAGAGUUUUUGUGUGGACCAGUUCUCAAAUUAUAUAAAUUUUUCACUGGACUCUCUAAAUGUCGACUUGGACGUUACAAAUUUAAGCUGUCGCUCGUUCGAGAAAUGUUUACAGUUUGCAAAGACUAAGUUUAAAUCAAAAUCUGUGAUGAAAACGCAAUUUCCUCGCAGCCCUUUUCGAAUCAAGGAAGUCUUAAAAUCUAUCCGUGUCGAGUUUGAAAACACGGACCUUGACAUGCAGUGGGAGGAGAAGUGGGGCACGCUCUCUAACGCCUACAUCGAAGCGGAGUGCAAAGACAUUGGCCGUUUCUUGGACGAGGAUACGUGUCGAUUAGAAGUCAUCAUGAAGAAGUUGAAUUCUUCUCUGACUUGUGGGGAGGAAGUGCAUCGUCCCAUCUCAUUCGACUUGCUGGGCAUCCAUCUACAUCAGGAAUAUCUCGGCGCAAGACUUUCGGGCAGUCGGAUCCAAUGGAUUCCUCCCGUCGAGAAUGAAGUGCUAAACUUUCUCUGUUCAAUGAUCCCGACGAGGAAACAUUCCAAAAAACCAGGAAAAAGAAGAUCUAUCUUCAGCUGCAUAAAGGGAGUAAAUUUGGAAGUUUUGGACUCCAAAGUGGUCUACGUAGCGGAGAAUGAUCUCUGCUUUAACAUGGACUUGGACGCAUUGUACGCGAGCAACAAUAAAAUUGAUACAACCUUCAAUCUCGAAGGAUUUGAAGUCUUUUCCUCCUCAAAUUUUAGUGAUUGUACGUUAAAUCCACUCGUGAUGAUUCCACAAUGCGAUUUCUCUUCUAAAUCUGACACUACGACAACCCUAACCAGUGAACGAUUCGAAUUUUCGUUCGCGUCGGAUACAAUUUUAUACUGGAGUCCACUCCUGCAUAUGCAAAUGACUCAAUUCUAUAGGAAAAUGCAACACAUACGUGGCGUUUUAUUCUUCGAGAGAGAUUCCCAAGAAACGGAAGCGAAUCCUCCCAAAGCAAAAAUUAUUUGCCUCAAGUUCAUGAAAACUUUUACAAUUAUCGGAAAGUUAGCAAAGGUUCAUGCCGUGGAAAUAAUUGCGGAUAAUUUUAACGUUGAACGCGGCCCGGACAUGUUUGACUCUAGGCUGAAACGGCUUCGGGUCAAAUUCGAUGGGGUUUCUAUUAUGCGCUGGGAUGAGUUUAUCCUCUGCAAGGGAACUUCGUAUCAAGAGUUAACCAAAGGAUAUCGAAAGUCGGCAGAGUUAGAACAAAAGAGAAAUAUUGCAUGGUACGUUGACAUUUUGAAAUUGAGUUUCACCUUCCCGUAUGGCUACAACUUUGCUGCCGCAUUCAACGAAGAAUUUGUCUCGUGUUUCAAAUGGAUUAAAAGGUUGCACUUGAAACCAACCUCGAACGAGGCCAAUUCCAUCGUGUGGUCCGAUUUUGUCAUGAAGAUCCAAGCCGUCCGCAUCGAAGUGGGCGACGAUCCAUUUGAAGUGAAACUUCGCGACAACUACGAGCUCUUGGAGGACGAAUAUUUCGAAAGCUUGAAACGAUUCCAAGUCCUCGACAGUAAGAUUAACCAGCUGUACAAGACGAACUUGCUGAUGUCGUCGUCGAAAAUAGACGAACUUAGGAAUCAGUUGAAGGAGAAGAAUUCAUUAAUCUAUAUUCAGCGGUCAAAGAAGUUGUACGAAAAUCACCCGAUGCGUACACAUCUUCUCCUCUGGGAGCUGGGCGACGUCCAAGUAAUCGCGAUGGCCGAUACCUCCACGACUGGAAAAGAGAACAUCACCGCAGUUUUACAAGAGCUUGACUCCGACAGCCCCUGGCCUUCGGAGGGGCUCGAAUUUAGCACUCUGUGGUGCCGUUCGGUCCGAUUUGACGUAUCAAAAUGGCGCGUCCAACUCCGCGACUUUCCUCAACCACUGAUGGACUCGAGACACAUCCAUUUCUGGGGGAAAAUUGCUGCUGCGGAAGUUCAAGCGACGAAGAGAAGCAAACGGACGUGCGAAAUAGAGAUCGGCGGUCCGUUCGGGUCCGACUACUUGGAACGGAAUCUUAACGGGAUGAAGUGGUAUUAUGAUCUCAAUUGCGACAUUGAGUGUUGGAGUGUAGCCUUCGGCCCCUGCUGGGAACCCGUUCUCGCCCAGUGCAACCUCGCGUUUGAAAACAUCUUCCCCCCGUCCCGCGAUCCCAGCAAACCGCUCCCGUUUUGGGACAAGAUCCGCCUCAAUUUCCACGGCAGGUUGUACACCGCUGUGAAAACGUUGACACAUUUGCUACACGCGUCCCUCAACCCGUACAAUACUACGGAAGAAAUGGAGGUGACUUGGACGGAUGCCGCUGUGGCUUGGACGAAUGGAAAAAUUAUCUUUGAAGGCGAUCUCAACAUUUACGUCAAAACAGCCUCAAAGUACGACGAUUGUCGAAUGCUGCAUCUUCCCAGCGUCCGCCUAACUUUCAAGUUGAACUGGGUGUGUCUCGGGGAUGCGAGUGAUCAUCACGCCGUGACACCUUGUGCUCCAGACAAAUUGCCGGAAUAUUCGAGCAAUCAAGAACACGACUCAUUUCGUGCUUUCCGGUCUGAAAAUCUGAACAUGAGCAUCAGCUUGGAGGCGCGCGCUGGAAAAACGGCGAACCAAAGUUGUCCCACUGCUGUCCUUUACGGCUCUACGCUCAGGUGGUUUGAAAACUUAAAGUUCAUCUUGUCCGGCACUACUCGUCCGACCAAGCGUGGCGCCGUGUUUGCCAACAUUCGUCCCAAGAAAAUCCCGAUUAGUCGUCACUACCGCAAAGUCCGCCUCUCCGUCUCCCUCCAUCGUUUCCACGUCUGCUACUGGGUCUCCUUCUCCAUGCAGAGUGGAGUGGAACUGUUCAGCGGAAAGUUGUCGAGCAGUUCUGAACACUUGUUACACCUCCAGCCCAUAAAUGACGGCUUGAUCCACCGGCCAAAGGCGGAGUGGAGCGUUCUCUACGUCAACAGUGAGCUGAACGAGACUGAAAUCUGGUUGCAGUCCUCCAUCCAACAGGAGACGAUGAACGAGGCGAACUUUAGGAAACCGAUCGAGAAAUUUUUCUUCAUGAGCAUCGACAAGUUAUCCUACGGGAGAGAGGCUCUCUUGGCACCUUCGACGAACGACGGGACGGAAACGAGCAAAAGUGAGACGCCGCAACAUCGCCUCGUCGUGCACGAAUUGAAAGGAGCCUGGACGAGUAGCAACAGGGACGUGGCAUUCGCCCUGAUGGAAUCCUUCGUCAAAGUCCAGCAACUGAAAAAGAACUUGUCUACCGAUGCCUUGAAAAGUUUCUUUAGCAAGCACGACGCUCCGACGGGAAGUCCGAUAAAGUCGAAAUCCAACGACGCCAAGAAAGUUCGUGUCGGAGACGUCACCUCGCCGACAGGCGCAGUUCCAAACCAACGUCCCUCGCUCGGUGCCUCGCCACUGAUUCAAGGCCAAAAUGCUGGAGCCGCACUUUUACAAAAAUUAAUCUCGGAAGCGGAAAGUCGAGGGGUUGUGUUUUCCGAAGACUUAACUGCUCCACCACCGCAACAGAGUUUGCACGGAGUAGCGCAAAGCUCACUGGACGAUGUCAUUCUGCAUAAAUGGCUCAUCGAACUCGUCAACUGCCAAGUUCUCCUGAAAGGUUGUGAGACAAGCGGGUACGUCAUUCUCAGCGCAGCGAAUGCUCACAUCCUCCAACGGGAACAUAAACCUGUCUGGAAACAUGGGACAAUCGUUUCCAAAACAACUUGGGUCGGUGCAUUGGAAGGAAUGCAAUAUUACGCUACCGUCUGUGCUGGAAGUACGGAUUCUGUCGAUGAAAAUAUUCAAUGGUUGUCGGUCGAAAAUAUUGAGGAGCGCGACUCUGCCGCCGCGAUAUCCAACAUUCCCGACAUGGUGGGGAGUGGACAAAGUGUGGGUGGCGUUGUGAGCGAGACGGUUGGCGCUUCCUCGGACGAGCUCGAAGUUCCGGUUCAACUCCAACGGAUCGUUUCGCGUUGCAAGUGCGAAUUCUUUUACACGACAUAUGGCGAGACGGGGGUGGAUAAGAUACCCUCCGGAAUUCCAGACAUCCCUCCAGCACCGAAGGAUUUAGAAUUAUGGGAUGAAAUUAACAAGCCCGUCGAAGCAUUCACCCUCAUGCAUUAUGAGCUCAAUGUGUUCACCAACUCUCUUCAGUAUGCCAUGAUAAUGGACAUUGUUAACAAUUUGGUCCUUUACGUCGAUCCGAAGCGGAAGGAAAAUUUCGAAAAGCUUCAAAGAUUACGGUUUAAGUUACAACUUCAAAGCACGGAAGCUCAACGGCGCCCGAUUCAACAGUUGCAGAAUCAUUUGCGCGCAUUGGUGAACCAACUGAGAAGGUUGGAGAAGGAAACUUAUCUCGUGACGAAGGAGUUGCAAGAGGAUCCGGAGAGUGAAAGUUUAAACACGGAACUUCAGUCUUUGGAGCAGCAAGUGAACGAAUCUAAGGAACAAAUUGCCACGAAAGGGGAAGAGUUGCACAUGAUGAUUUUGUGUUAUAAAGAAGCCAAACUAGCCGCGACUCAGCGCCUAUUUCGAAAGCGUGACAAUAAGGACGUCUACCUCGUCCGAGUGUAUGAAAUUUGUUUCAAACAUGCCCAAUGGAGACUGACACAGACUGAUGGCCAGCUUGGAAUUGCGGAUCUCGUCUUAAGCAAUUUUUUGUAUACGAAAACUGACAAGAGUGACGACUCGACGGAACAUUUAUGUGAACUGGGUUACAUCACUGUCACCAACUUACUGCCGAACCAAAUGUACAAAGAGGUUCUUGUCCCUUCCCACAUUCACGCUAGUAUGCCGGUGGACCGACAACGAACUCUGCGCGUAUUUUGUCGCGACCGACCCCCCGUGGGUGGCAUCGCGGUGAAGGAACACUUUGAAAUCAACAUUGCUCCCAUAACGAUUGGAAUGACUUACCAAUUUUUCAAGACACUCUUCAAGUUUUGCUUCCCUGAAAAAGAUCCAGAAAAGUUGGAUGACGUUGAGCUGAGUGGAGACAUGGACACGGCCUCCCUCGGAUGCGGGACUCUGAGCGAGAAGGAUCCCACGUCUUCCAUGUCCUCCUCAUCCACCAGCCUUUCCACCAUCUCCACGCCCAAGGAGAAGAGCAAGAAGAACAAAAUUAAGCGAAAAGAGUCCAAGUUUUAUGUGGCUAUGAACAAUGAGAAGGACGACGUGGAGAAGAUGAAGGAACGGGCGGAGAAGAACAUGCUAUUCAUCUGCGUCAAAGUGCCCGAAGUCCCCGUCCGGGUGAGCUACAAGGGGGAGAAGGACAAGAAUAUCGAGGAUGUCCAAGACGUCCAUGUUCUCAUACCGACCUUGGAAUACAACAACAUCACUUGGACGUGGCUCGACUUUCUCCUCGCGAUAAGAAACCAUAGCAGAAGAGUUCUGCUCUCACAGGCCAUUAAGCAAAAACUGUGGAGGAAGAAUAUAAUUUCAUCUGACGCAAAUGCUAGUCCACAGGAGGAAGACAAGGCGAAAAUGUUGCUGGGUGCAAAUGUGGGAGACACGAAAAGUUUGAUGAAGUCGUUCUUCGGUCCGAAUAAGAAGUGAAUUACUAACAAGUCAAAAUUUGUAAUAAUACCAAGCUAGUUGUGAUGCUUUACUCUACUAAAUACUACUAGUACCUAUAAUACAAUAUGUAACAAGUAAAAAAAGAGUGAUUAUUUUUUAUUCUGUAUAACAAUCAAAUUUAAUCGCAGAUAGAUACAGACAUAUGUUUUAAUUAAUACCGCAAUAGUAUUUAUUCAAACAAAAAAGACUAGGAAAAAAACAAA